CCCGUCGAGACUCGCUUCGGUACGCAUGUGAUUAUGAUGCGACGACUUCUUCUGCUGCAAUCACAUCUUAUGCAGGUGGUCGUUGAUGAUCGAUGGAAGGACACUGUUUGGUCAACGAAGAAGAUUCGAGACGACGCCGCGGAGGUCAUAGCAUGUGUCGGUUGUCCUCAAUGGUGGGAGGAUAUGAGAACGCUGUGCAAGUUGUUGGAUCCCAUCAUGGACAUGCUGCAGAUGGUGGAUAGCGACACGAGGCAGAUUGGCAAGAUUCUGCGUCGGUACGACGAGAUGAUCGCGCGUUGUUUGUCUGCAUGUGCCGCUUUGGAGAUGGACGAGCAGGACGCGCUGCUUGAAGUGUUUGACAKACGMCGCAYCAUGUUCAAGUCGCYUGCUCAUGUUGCUGCCACGAUGUUGGACCCCGAGUUUCGAGACCGCACGAUGCCAGAUGACGAGGAGAUGCAGCACGGUUUGAAACUCGCUCUGAUUCAGUUUGGGUACCCGGAACAUUCGGAUCAGCAUAACGAGGUCCUCACUGCCAUUGACAAGUUCCAUUCCAGGGAGCCGUCGUUCGACGAYGUGGCCAUGGACCGGGCGGCGAGGAGCUAUACCCAUCCAGCMUGUUUCUGGGAGUCGAAGGAGAAGAGGUUCCCGCACACGGCCUUCUUCGCUGGCAGGAUACUGCGUAUUGGAGGUGGCGCGGGCCGAGAAGCUCGUGCGAUGCCAUUGGAACCUUCGGCUCCUCGACAGGCAGACUAUGUCGGACAGAUUGCACCUGACGGCGACGCAUUGGAUGUUGGAGGGAGGGAUGCAACGACGACGGAUAUCGUCGGCAGGGAGGGCAYAGGGAAUGCAGUGGCAGGUCAAAAGAGACGCGGCAGUGUACUUAUCAUCCACGACGACAACACAGAUGUCGCCCCGGGAGAGACCACAGGCACUGAUGAUGCAGGGGACUCCGAUUACGUACCCAAACCACGGGCGACAGAUGGAGAUGAUGGAGGAGGGCGACGAGUGAGAUCGAGGACACGACUCGGGCCGCAAGGGCAGCGAGCACAUGGCACACCAUCGGCGAUAAUUCCUGCCCCCAUAGAUCGGCGAGCUCAGGCGCAGCGGUUGCUGCGCAAAAUGGAGGCCACUCUUCAACAUACGCACGGGUUAUCGCUUGACCGCGAAGAGUCGGAGACUCAGAGACAGUGAGAGAGGGAGGGAGAGAGAGAGAGAGAGACAUAGAGAGAGAGAGAGAGAGAGAGAGAGAGAGAGAGAGAGAGAGAUUUAUCAGACACUUGCGCUGGUUGCG